AUGAUCACCACAGGAGGGGACGGAGGCGGCGAUAGCAGCGAUGCUGGUGGCGUCAUUGGCAGCGGUGGUGGUGGUUAUGAACGUGGUGGGGACAACGGCGACGAGAAUAACACCGUGCCUGAUGCGUUGGAGGUGUUUCUCGAGCCCUACGAAGCCAUCGUGCGAGAGUUUAACUCUCGAGCGGCGAGCAACUGGGCUCGCGCCGCAUCGGAGGGCUUAAAGGUGUCGAGCGGUUGGGGGGCAGACGUCUUCGACCCCUCCGCGCGUGGGGGCAACUUCGCUACAGCGCCGCACAAGUUGGACCACGAUCGGGAACAGUUGGAAUACCUUGUCGCGAAGGGGCGCCUGCCCCCGGAGUUCCAACGGCUCGCGGAGGAGUACGGAACGGUGGGUGACUUGGUUGAGGCAAGCCUUUCUCAGGCGAGGAAGGGCCAGCUAAAGGAGCUUGGCCAAGGACUUCGAGCCCUGACCUACGGCCUCGGGACCUCUGACUUCGGACGCCUCCGGGGAACCUACAACUCCGUGAUUCACGUGCCAAAGGGGCCCGCAGAUGGGGAUCUAGGGGGGGGGUACCACCCUACGGGGUUCAGGAGAGCGCUGAACCCCAACCUGGACUGGAGGGCGAUUGAGGACGAGUACCUGUCGCAGGAACUCCCACUCCUUUGGUUCGAUGGGUUUCUUUUGCCGGAGGCCUUGCAAGGAGUGCUGGACUUCUGCCGGGAGGCCACGGUGUUUUUCGACAUUAAGCCCGGCUACUUGGGGGCAUACUUCAACGACGGCCUUACCAGCCCAUGGCUGGUUCAGAUAGCGCACGAGCUUCAGGAGCGGCUGCCUCAAGUCUUGGAAGGGAUGACCCUGUCCAACCUCUGGGCCUACAAGUUCGACAGCGACACAAGCAUGGACGGCAUUGCGACCCACAGCGACCACGCCACGGUGAACCUGAACUUUUGGGUCACGCCCGACGAUGCCAACCUGGAUCCUUCCUCGGGGGGGCUGGUGGUGUAUCCUAAGGUUCCUCCGAGCGGAGAAGACCCGAACCAACCUUCCUCAGGAGGAACGUUGGACAUGAAGCAGUGGAACAACUCAUCACGGGUGUCGGACAUCGAGUCGUGGUUGAAGGACGAAGGCGUCUAUGACCUCGCGGUCACGGUGCCGUACCGCCAGAACAGGGUCGUCGUUUUCGAUUCUCGGCUUCUGCACCGUUCGGACAAGUUCCUCUUCAGGGAGGGAUACGAGAACCGACGGAUAAAUCUCACGUUUCUCUUCAGCCCCGUGGACGAAGCCUGGAACGAAGAUUAUCACCGUCAAUCCCGUCAACAGCAAGAAUAA